UCUGUCGCCUCUGCAAGAUGGCCGCUCCCACGGCUCGACUCGAUUUGCAGACGACUAGGUUCGCUUGAAGCAGGGGCUGUCCACUGCGUAGAGGCGGCCAUGGACGAGAACCUGAGCCGCGGCUACGUCCAGCUGGGACGACGCCGGCAGCAGGGCCAACCGGGGCCGGCGGCGCACGAGCGGGCUCCGGAGGACCGCUGCAGCUGCGUCUACCUGGCCCUGGUGCUGGCCGGCGUCGGGUUCCUGCUGCCGUACAACAGCUUCAUCACGGCCGUCGACUACUUCCAGGACAAGUACCCGCGCACAACCAUCGUGUUCGACAUGAACCUCGUGUACAUCCUGACGGCCUUCCUGGCGGUGGUGGUGAACAACCUGCUGGUGGAGACGCUGCCGCUGCAGGUGCGCAUCACGUUCGGCUACCUGCUCUCGUUCGCCACGCUGCUCUUCGUGGCGCUCUUCGAGGUGCACUGGGAGAGCUUCGAGCACGACGCCGGCUACCGGGCGAACCUCGUCGCCAUCGCCACCGUCGCCCUGGGAUGCACGGUGCAACAGUCGAGUUUCUACGGCUACACCAGCAUGCUGCCUUCUCGGUACACGCAAGCUGUCAUGACUGGAGAGAGUGCCGCCGGCGUCUUGGUGUCGGCCAACCGCAUCCUGACCAAGGCUCUGCUCCGGGACGAGAGGCUCAACACGCUGCUCUUUUUCCUCGUGUCGGUCACGGUGGUCAUGCUCUGCUUCGUCAUCCACCUGGUGCUGCAUCGCACCAGGGUAGGUUUGCAACUUCAGGGUGCCUAA